CGCGGGAGAUGACGCAAUAAGCACCAAAAGAAACCCCUGUGCCCUCCCCCUAGAAACAACACAUGACAGCGUGACAGACGAAAACAUGGCGACGAAUAAGACAAAUGUUGUUCCUACUCUGAUGAGCAGUUUAAGCAUGGAUGUACUCGAAAAGCUGGGUAUGAAACUUAAUCCGAGACAUCCCCUGAAAGACUUCAGAUAUCUCGCUGGAAAAAUGAACUACACCUACGAAAGUGUGAGAAAUUUCGAGAGACAGAAAAAUCCGACAGCUUUCUUGUUGUCGGAAUGGUGGAUGUCGAAUGCUGAGAAAGGGGAGCAAAAGACAGUGACAGAUUUAAUUAAAUAUCUCCAGGAGAUGAAAAGAGAUGAUGCUGUUGAACUUCUCAGACCAGUUGAAUUUACAGAAAUGCCGCUACAUCCACCAAGAGAAGAUGUCCAUCAAACACACAGAUCUCAUGACAGGCCUUUACAUGUACCUCCUGUGGGGAACUUAUUUGGUGCAUACUCCACAGGAGAUUUGAAAGAAACUCGUCCACCUCAAGAAAAUGAGUACCUAUAUAAUAACAACUUGGCACCUGACAGGGAAAUAUAUUUUGAAGGACCAGAUGGAAGGCCUCGUCCUUACCAAGAAAUUGUAGCAUUUAAUGCCCAGCACACCAUGUUGUCUGAUUAUGGUUCACCAUUGGCUUUAGAACCAAGGCCACAAGUUCGGCAUCCUGCAAUGGAUCAGCAAAAUGGCUCAGACCAUGGCGAGGCAAAUGUUGUGCUUCAGCCUACUGAACACAGACAACCCAGUGUUAUUCCAGAUAGCCCAGCACGACCAGUUGUGUCAGACAAGGUUGCUCUUGUCAUUGGAAAUCAGCAAUAUGAAUGUGACAAAUUAAAGGGGCUGUUUUAUUCUGAAAAAGACGCAUAUGAUGUGGCUCAAGCUCUUUAUACACUUGGAUUUAAGGUUGUGGCAUUGGUAAACCUAACCCUGAGUGAGAUGAGGAUUGCAGUUCUUUCAUUUUGUAGAUUGUUAGGUAAGGGUGUUUAUGGAGUCCUCUACUAUGCUGGCCAUGGAUACGAGGAUGGUGGGGAAAACUUUCUUCUUCCUGUUGAUGCAAAUCUGAAGUAUGAGAGACAAGACAGUCUACGUGCUCAAGAAAUUCUUGAAACCAUGCAAGCUUGUGACACCAUGCUAAACUUGCUGAUCAUUGAUUCCUGUCGUAUUAGAUUGCCGAACAAAAGUGGCACUGUACAUUAUUGUAAAAGAGGACCAAAAGGAAACAACAUAUUUGCAUACUCUUGCUGCUCUCAGCAGGAGGCUUAUGAAGAACCAGAACAACCCAAUGGUCUUUACGCUCUUCAUCUCUUGAAACACAUUGGAAGAAAUGAACGAAUUGAGCUCAUCCUCAUGGAUGUUGCUCGGGAUGUCAGUAAUGCCAAUAGAAACAGAAAUCUUAUCCAAAGACCUUGCCAUGAGAGCGACUCGGUUGUGGAUUGUCGACUGACAGAUCCCAUUGAACCAACUGCUCUUACAGAUGAGUUUGUGGAGCGAAUGAAACUCUGGACUCAGGCUCAUUGUCUUCCAGAUUCAAUUCCUUCAAUCAAUAAAGAUGGAGUGAUCAUUUCAUUUGAGUGCAGGCCUGUGUUUUCUAACGUAAUGGACCUGAAGAUAGCCGCUCUAAAUGCAAACCCCGUUCCACUACACCAAGUUGUCAUGGAAUUAGAAGUACCUCAUCCUGUUAAAGCCAAAGUUCGUCUUCUUUCCGGUGAAGAACUUCUCGAAAAUGGAGGCAUGUUACAACAAGUGGUGCAGCUAUCCCAUCUACAAAAGUUAUUGGAUCCACUUGUGGUAACAUUCAAAAUCUAUUACCUCAUGGGCAAUGACAGUAUAGAUUGGCAGGCCCCAGUCCGUCUCGGCUGCCCUCUGGUGUCGUCCGUGUUCGUUCAGUGGGACUGGUGGAUAACGUGUGGCAAAUUACCAGGAGUGAAAUGUACUCAGGUGUAAAGACAGUCGCUUCAAGAUCAGGUGCUGAGCUGUUGUAUGGUAGAUCAGAGUACACAAGUGUCCUUCUCGUGGAAGGGUAUAGACAGUUACAUAGCAGUCCUGGUGGGCGCUCGGCGAAAAACUGAUGUGGGGACCUUAAACACAAAAAGAAUCCUCUUUUUGCAAAGCGUGACGCAAAAAAAUACUAAAUCAGUGGCGGAUCUGGGCCGGCAGGGCAAGGAAAACAAAACCGCCCCGUUAGCUCAAAGUCUGGAUCCGCCACUGCUAAAAGUGCAAUUUUAAUGCCUUUAAUUAAUUCUUGGCACCUCCCCGCACUUUAUCUUUGAGGCCCACUAGGGUCAUUCCCUGAUGGGAACAUUUUGCGAAGCCUAUGGAUCUCAACAUAGCAGUUCUGCUAAGGCCUGUAGAGGGGCUUCACGGCGAUUCACAUAAGAUAGAGUCAAAAUAAGCCAAUCCGCGUCCCGUCAGUAACAUGCACCUGUAAGGAAAGCAUGCAAGACUGACUUGUUAGCUCCGCCAUGUUGACUAUGAGCAUUUCACCACAUUUUCAGUGGUGACAACUUACCUUUGUGCAACGAAACUUGCGUUGCCCUCAGACGUCUUCUCUACUAAGGACAGAUCACAUUAUGCUAGUUACUUUUGGGAGACAGACUGCAAGCGGUAUUCUGUCAUCCCACUGAAAUAAUAGCGAGUGAAUGCGAAAUUCGCGCGCGCUGAGCGUGGAAGCCGCGAGAACCCUGGAUCUGCCUUCUCGUGGUGUAUUUAAUUUUUAUUUGAAAGUGUGGUCAAGGGAGCUACAAACUUCGCUGUGCAUGUUUCUUAGCUUUUUGAUUUUGUAACAUCGCUAUUGUUUUGGUAGUUGUUUUUUCUUGGAGACUGCCAAGAGGACGAAUCGUGUUUUACCUAAGAACCAUAAUAGCACAGACUCUGAAGAGAACUCCUCAAGAUCCCUCUUGCUUCUAAUUUAGAAUCUUCCAAAUCUCCUGAAUCUCCAAUCCAGUUUUAAACAGCAGAUGAAAUUUUCGUUAAAUGAUUGAAAGAUUUUGGGGCAAAAAUCCGUGAUGUUUACGCUGCUCUAGGAUUUUGGGGUAUUAAUCCGUCAUGUUUAUGCUGCUCUAGGAUUUUGGUACUCACCGUGCGCAAUGACCUCAGUCAAGUAUUUUGUCCGUACCUUGGAGAAAGGCAGUGAUUACAAUUUCCUAAUGGAAAACUUUCAGGCUAUCUUACUCUGCCAGGAAUUCAGGGAAUCAUAAGGUUUCUCAUCAAUUUAUCGUAGCACAGGAUAGAGCUGUUUUCACGUGAGGGUCAAAAUGAAAGUAAUUCGCGUUCGCUUUGAUGUCGCAUUACCACGCUACUCGAUUGGCUUAAAAAAAUCGCGCCACUUUCUUAUCGAAUUAGAAGUAAAACCAAAACCAGUUGCGACUCGAUCGCACGUCUUCCCGCGCUUUGUGCUGGUGACGUAUUUGCUUGGAGUGUUGAUUGGUUUACUGGAUUGUCCACGUCCAUUGUGAUUGGCCAGAGUGACUACUUUGGUUUUUAUUUUACUUCUGGUGUUGAUUGUCGUAUUUCGGCUACUCGUAGUCUUCGCGCUUAGAGCUAUAUUUAUUCAUUAAAAUCUCACCGUCAUUGAGUUUUAAUUCAAUUUCAGUCCGCGUUGUGUGUGACUGGAUAUUUCUGAAAUGACAUAUUUAUAAUAUGACUAUUUUAUUAUCGCUUUCUUCUAAAAGCGCUAUUAAUAUUAACGCUUUCUUCCCUUUAUGUGAGGGUUUUUGCAAUAUUAAUGAAGAUUUAUAACUAUUUUUAAUUGCAUUAUGAAGCCUGGAUGAUUUAAGUAUUACCUUUCAAAAAAUUUAAAUCUAACAAAAGAUAAGUGUAAAUAAAGAAAUAACAUAUUUGGCUUUAUUACCAAUAGAGCGGAUCUUUUGUGGAGAGGGGGUGAGCUGGCAAGGAAGGAAAUAUCUACCUACCCUCUCCACCCACCCCACAAACAAGAUGUAUGACAAUGUAAUUGUUCGACUUACUUCGUAUUUUCAUCUUGGAAUUAAAGGAAUGUGUAAUAUGA